UUUUAAGAACUUGGCAGACUUCUUUGUUAGGAGUUUUACGUGUCACCUGGGGAGCAUCGGACAUAUUAAAAAGAGCAAUAUUGAAUUAGGCAUAGAACAUCUAGAAAUAUAUUUUAAGUUAGACUGAAAAUGCAAAGCUGUGCAAAAUCCUGGGGUCUCAUCUUUAGGUCCGUGAACACCCAUAUACCUCGUAGGAAACUAUGUGGGAGAAGUGGUACUUUACGAAAAUCGCAAGCUAAAAACAUCGUGAACAAAAAUGAACAUGUUUUUGUGCCAGUGCGGGCACUUCGGGGUUCAGCGGUUUUUGCCACAUCCAGGCAGAUUGAGAGAAUACUACCACGGCAUGAUGACUUCGCCGAGAGGCAUAUUGGACCAGGUGACAAAGAGAAAAGAGAGAUGCUCGACACCCUCGGACUUGGGACAGUUGCCGAACUGGUUGAAAAAACUCUCCCAGGCUCAAUUCGUUUGCAAAGAAGUUUGAAAAUGGAUGAUCCAAUAUGUGAAAAUGAAAUUUUGGAUACCCUGCACAAGAUCGCAAGCAAGAACAAGCUCUGGAGGUCCUACAUUGGAAUGGGUUACUAUAACUGCUCUGUGCCACCGGUCAUACAGAGAAAUCUGCUGGAAAACUCUGGAUGGGUUACACAGUACACACCCUACCAGCCAGAGGUGUCUCAAGGUCGUCUAGAAAGCCUGCUUAACUACCAGACCAUGGUGUGUGACAUUACAGGUAUGGCAGUUGCCAAUGCCUCACUCUUGGAUGAGGGCACAGCAGCUGCAGAGGCCAUGCAGCUCUGCCACAGGCAGAAUAAAAAAAGAACAUUUUAUAUCGACCCCCGUUGCCACCCUCAAACUAUCGCUGUGGUACAAACCAGAGCCAACUACAUUGGAGUGAAGACAGAGCUGAAAUUGCCUCAUGAGAUGGACUUCAGUGGGAAGGACGUGUCUGGCGUGCUGUUCCAGUAUCCAGACACUGAGGGUAGAGUGGAGGACUUCACAGGGUUGGUGGAUCGUGCACACAAGGCUGGGGCUCUGGCCUGCUGUGCCACCGACCUGCUGGCUCUCUGUGUGCUGCGCCCACCAGGCGAGUUUGGGGUGGACAUUGCACUGGGCAGUUCUCAAAGAUUUGGGGUGCCCCUGUGCUAUGGAGGCCCUCAUGCUGCAUUCUUCUCUGUCAAAGAAAAUCUGGUGAGGAUGAUGCCAGGAAGGAUGGUUGGAGUCACGAGAGAUGCAGCUGGUAAAGAAGUGUACCGUCUGGCACUCCAAACCAGAGAGCAGCACAUCCGCAGAGACAAGGCUACCAGUAACAUCUGCACUGCUCAGGCUCUUCUUGCCAAUAUGGCUGUCAUGUUUGCAGUGUACCAUGGGCCACAAGGCCUAAAACACAUUGCAAAGAGGACACACAAUGCCACUCUGAUCUUAGCCGAAGGUCUGAAGAGAGCAGGACACAAGCUCCAGCAUGAAAUGUUCUUUGAUACACUGAAGGUCCACUGUAGUGUGGCAGCCAAAGAUAUCCUGGAGAGGGCUGUGCAGAGGCAGAUUAACCUGCGGGUCUACAGUGAAGGAGUGCUAGGAAUCUCUCUGGAUGAGACUGUAACUGAGAGGGACUUGGACGAUCUGCUCUGGGUGUUUGGAUGUGAAUCCUCAGCUGAGUUGAUUGCUGAGAAAAUGGGGGAAAGGGUGAAAGGCAUUCUGGGCACCCCAUUUAAGAGAACCAGCAAGUUCCUGUCACACACAGUUUUUAACAGUUAUCACUCUGAGACCAACAUUGUUCGAUACAUGAAACGUCUGGAAAACAAAGAUAUUUCUCUUGUGCACAGUAUGAUACCACUGGGCUCCUGCACCAUGAAGCUAAAUAGCUCCUCUGAACUCAUGCCAAUCACAUGGAAAGAAUUUGCAAACAUCCACCCCUUUGUGCCGCUGGACCAAGCUGAGGGUUACCAGCAACUCUUCAGACAGCUGGAGAAAGAUCUAUGUGAGGUCACAGGAUAUGACAAGAUCUCAUUCCAGCCCAACAGUGGUGCUCAGGGAGAAUAUGCUGGCCUUGCUGCCAUCAAAGCCUAUCUGAACUCCAAAGGUGAAGCACACAGAACGGUGUGUCUUAUCCCAAAGUCAGCCCACGGGACGAAUCCUGCCAGUGCACAAAUGGCUGGGAUGAAGGUCCAGGUGGUGGAGAUGGACCGGGAUGGGAAUAUCGAUAUGGCACACCUGAAGGCCAUGGUGGACAAACACAAGGCCAACCUAGCAGCCAUAAUGAUCACAUACCCCUCUACCAAUGGUGUGUUUGAGGAGAACGUCAGUGAGGUUUGUGAGCUCAUCCACCAGUAUGGGGGACAGGUUUACCUGGACGGUGCUAACAUGAAUGCACAGGUGGGCUUGUGCCGCCCAGGAGACUAUGGAUCAGACGUCUCCCAUUUAAAUCUCCACAAAACUUUCUGUAUCCCCCAUGGAGGUGGAGGCCCAGGAAUGGGACCUAUUGGAGUAAAGAAGCACCUUGCCCCAUUCCUGCCCAGCCAUCCAGUAGUCACUCUGAAGUCUGACAACGCUGUGAGCUCCCUGGGCACCAUCAGCGCUGCCCCCUGGGGCUCCAGUGCUAUUCUACCCAUCUCCUGGGCUUACAUUAAGAUGAUGGGUUCCAAGGGGCUGAUACAUGCCACAGAAGUGGCUAUCCUUAAUGCUAACUAUAUGGCCAAGAGACUGGAGAGCCAUUACAAGAUACUCUUCAGAGGCAGCAAAGGGUUUGUCGCUCAUGAGUUCAUCUUGGACGUGAGACCAUUUAAAAAGACUGCAAAUAUUGAAGCAGUAGAUGUGGCCAAGAGGCUUCAGGAUUAUGGCUUCCACGCCCCUACCAUGUCCUGGCCAGUGGCAGGGACCCUGAUGAUUGAGCCCACCGAGUCGGAGGACAAGGGUGAGAUGGAUCGCUUCUGUGAUGCCCUUGUCAACAUUCGGCAGGAGAUUGCUGACAUCGAAGAGGGCAGGAUGGACUCGCGCAUUAACCCACUGAAGAUGGCUCCUCACUCUCUGGCCUGUAUCUCAUCCUCCACUUGGGACAGGCCCUACUCUCGGGAGUCUGCUGCUUUCCCACUACCUUUUGUGAGACCAGAGACCAAGUUUUGGCCAUCAAUCUCAAGGAUCGACGACAUUUAUGGUGACCAGCACCUGGUGUGCACCUGUCCACCAAUGGAAGUUUAUGAGUCUCCUUUUGAAGCCAAGAGGGCCUCAUCAUGACGGCAAAUCUGAAGCUUCCGUUGCAAAUAUGCAUCGAUCCUUCUCACACUGAAAAUCCACCAUGAAUUAGGAGACCUAUAUUUUUCUUCUGUCACAUGAUAUACAUUUGGUGACAUAGAUUUCUAUCAUGUAUUGUACAAAUAGUUACCUUUACAUCUCCCUUCACUUUUGGUCGCUAUACUAAAAACACAUUUGAACUAUUCGUAUUGCUGUACCCGUGUAAGCUUUGUUUAUAUGUUUAUCUUGUCUGAGUUUUGGGAUAACUGAAUUGAGAGCAUGUGUCUAUCAUCUACUUGUGGUUCAACCAACAAAACACUGUUUGAAAUGUUUUAAUUUUAUUGGGAUGUUUAAAUGUUUUCUAAUGACCUUUAAAUGGUUGUCUGCCAACCUGCUGUAGAAAUUGAGUAAAUGU